CCCGGGACUAUGCGUCAGUUCCUGUCUGGGAACCAGCCGAGCCGCAGGCAGCGAGUCCUGAUGCUGCUGCAGCUGCUGGAGGGCGUGCAGCACCUCUGCAGCGAGGGGGUCGCUCACCGGGACCUGAAGACUGACAACAUCCUGCUGGAGCUGGACUCAGCUGGAUGUCCUCGGCUGGUGAUCUCGGACUUCGGCUGCUGUCUGUCUCAGAGCGACUGCAGUCUGCAGCUUCCCUUCAACAGCAUGUGGGUGAGCCGGGGGGGCAACGCCUGCCUCAUGGCCCCCGAGGUGUCCAGUGCCUCCCCGGGCCGGGCCUCGGUGAUCGACUACAGGAAGGCGGACGGCUGGGCGGUCGGCGCCGUCGCCUACGAGAUCUUCGGGGAGCAAAACCCUUUCUACGGAGCGGGGGGGCUGCAGAGCCGGAGCUACGAGGAGACGCAGCUGCCACCUCCCCCCCCCACUGCACCUGCUGACGUGCAGCUGGUGAUUCAGCUGCUGCUCAGGAGGAGCCCCAGCAAGCGGCCAAGCGCUCGUGUCGCCGCUAACAUGCUUCACCUGAGCCUGUGGGGGGGGCGGGCUCUAUCCGACCUGAGGAAGCUCUCUGAUUGGCUGCUGUGUCAGUCGGUCGUGGUGCUGCUGGGGGGGUGCAGCGGCCCGGGAGGGUGCACGGUGGAGGCGGAGCUUCAGAGGAGCUUCCUGUCCAACCUGGAUCUGGAGGAGCUUCGCACCGCGGGGGGGUUCCUGCUGUACGGCCGGGGUGGGGGCAGCGGCGUCUGAUUAGACUCACCUUCAGACCAAACAAGAGGAUUCUCCCCUCGCGUUAAGAUAAGAUAAGAUAAGAUAAAAAGUACUUUAUUGAUCCCAAUUUGGGAAAUGUUUGCGUUGCAGCAGCAUAAAAAGACAAGGUAUUGAACAUUAGAGAAAUUAAAAGUAUAUAUAAAUAAACCAUCAAACUGAGACAAAGACAGGCCACGAGUCCGACUCAAAACACAGACUUUAUUAAUUAGAUCAGCUGCUUACAUUGAAAGUACAUGAGUGUUAAUGAUGAGACAAUCAUCAUGUGAUUGGUCUGUUAAUAAACCCAUCUAACCCAGAUCAGAGGUUUACAUUCACCCCAGAAGCAGCCGUGUUCAUUCAAACAUCAUCGUGCUGUUUAGGGAAGAUUAGUUUCCUAAAUGCAAAUAAGGCUCAUCGAAUCUGACCCUUCUU